AUGUCAGAUGAGACUUUAACGUCCAGGCCUCAGGCCCUCCUUCAGCAGAAGGCUCCUCCCCCAGUGUUCCCCCAGUAUUCCCUGCAGGUUUGUUGUUACCCGUGUUCCAUGAUGUUGGCAAACAGCCCAACAAGACCCCUGCAGAGACACUAAUACACAACACAAACAUCAAUAAACAAAUAAAUGCAUACACACACCUCUACACACAUCCAUACACACAUCCCCCACUGCACACACACACCCUCCCCUUUACCGCCCGUUUUGUUGGCCAUGGAGCGAAUUGUUUUCCACCUACUCCCCCCUCCCCAAACACACACACACACACACAUACACUUCAGGCAUCACUCAAAUAUAGUCUCUCAUCACUAAUCGAUGAGCCCAAAGAGCAUCAUUACCAUAAACACAGACUUCCUAUCAGGAAGGUACUCACUCUGUUUGGGCUGUCCUGUUGACCUUUAAUAAUGGAUAUCUAAAUGUUUAUCACCUGCCCUCAGUAGGGGAGAGAAGGAUGGAGAGAGAGAGAGAGCGUGAGGGAUGGAGAGAGAGAGAGAGCGUGAGGGGUGGAGAGAGAGAGAGAGAUAGGGGGAGCAUGUGAGGCAUCUUUUUUAACAUUGUUUUAUUUUUCAACACUUUCCGUUAGUUACUGCAGAUUUAGACAUUGUGUUUGUGCAGCCAUCACACUAGCUGUGGUUGAGAUGUAUGAUGUGUGUCUCUGAAAGCUGAGGUUGAUGUGUAUGUGUGCUGGUGUCUGCCCCUCCUCUCCUCUCCCAAGGGACAGCAGAGUGACAGAGGGAGACCCAGGGAUGGAUGGAACAGGAAACGACAAACAAUCACAGAUAAUCAGAGAGUCAGGAACAUGGAGGAUGCCUUCAAAUAUUCAUCAGCUGGUAAAAGGUCUGGUGGAGUUUAAAUGGGUGUGAAGUCCCCAUCUCCACAUCCUCAUACUGUCACCCUCGAUAACACACAUUUAUUCUAAUAGCAUAGCCACAUUAGUAUUAAUAACUUUGUGUGUAUGCAUGUGUGUGUGGGUGUGUCUGUACGAGUGUGUGGCAUCGCCAUGCAUGAGUGGCCUGUGUGUUUCUAGCAUGCGAUCCACUCAUCAAAAAUACAUACAGCUGCAACCCUUCUUCCUCUUUCCUUCAUUGCUGUGUUGUUAUUAUUCCCCUCCAAUGGAUUUGGCUCACGGAAGUGUGUGUGUGUGUGUGUGUGUGUCACAUUUGCAUUUGUAGAUGCAUUUUCCUGGUCCUGCUGCUCUGCUCUCGUCUGUCUCACCAUCUUCAACACAAUAUGAUCAGUACACUGUAUUUCCAUUAGCAACAUUAGAAGACUGUUAAUAACAGUCCCAUCUGUCACCUGUGAUGUUGUAAUGUAGUCUAACAAGGUGACCACUGAGCUGUUUACUGUCUGCAGUCUGAAGAUGACACUGCCCUCUGGAUCACAGGUAGCGACUAGUCAGUGAGGAUCAGUUAUAGUUACUUAACACGCCUACCUGUAUUAGCUGUGUCACAGUCCCCAGAUAAAUGUGUGAUAUCAAGUGUGAUAUUACAGCUUCAAGUCACGAGAUUACACUUUUCUCUCUUUGUUAGCAGACAUUAGUCAGAUGGGAGAAAUAAACACACACACACACACACACACACACACACACACACACACACACACACACACACACACACACACACAAAUGCACACAUGAAUGCACGCAAGCACACCAGUAGAGGCUGCUGAGGGGAGGACGGCUCAUAAUAAUGUCUGGAAUGGAGUCAAUGGAGUGGUCUCAACCAUAUGGAAACCACGUGUUUGAUGUGUUUGAUACCAUUCCAUUGACUCCAUUCCAGUCAUUAUUAUGAGCCGUCCUCCCCUCAGCAGCCUCCACUGAUGCGCACACACACACCUCUGAGGCUAUCUGGAGUGGUUCUGUGUAGUGAGAAAUAUAGUCUAAAGAUAUAGAUCCUACUAUAGAUAUGCAGGUAGGCUAUACAUAGAAGUAGAGAGAGAGAAAGAGAGACAGUGUCGAAAACAGACCACAUGCCUAAUUAAAGGGGUUCUCAAAGUGGGGUCCCCGCGAAGGUACUGCAGGGGGUCCGUGGCCAGAUCUCACUUUUUUUAAUGAAUAUUACUAACAACAACAGAUUAAACACAUUUCGGCCAAGGGGUCUGUGGAAUAGGUUUAGAGUGUGUAAUACAAUACAAUAUAAUAUUAUUAAUCUAAAAAAUUUUAUCUCACUCAAGUUGUGUUCUGUUCUGGGCCAGACGGAUUACCAGGACGUGUACUCAGAGCAUGUGCUGACCAGUUGGCAGGUGUCUUCACUGACAUUUUCAACCUCUCCCUGACUAAGUCUGUAAUACCUACAUGUUUCAAGCAGACCACCAUAGUCCCUGUGCCCAAGAAAGCGAAGGUAACCUGCCUAAAUGACUAUUGCCUCGUAGCACUCACGUCAGUAGCCAUGAAGUGCUUUGAAAGGCUGGUCAUGGCUCACAUCAACACCAUCAUCCCGGAAACCCUAGACCCACUCCAAUUCCCAUACCGCCCCAACAGAUCCACAGAUGACGCAAUCUCAAUCGCACUCCACACUGCCCUUUCCCACCUGGACAAAAGCAACACCUAUGUGAGAAUGCUGUUCAUUGACUACAGCUCAGCGUUCAACACCAUAGUGCCCACAAAGCUCAUCACUAAGCUAAGAACCCUGGGACUUAACACCUCCCUCUACAACUGGAUCCUGGACUCCCUGACGGGCCGCCCCCAGGUGGUAAGGGUAGGCAACCACACAUCUGCCACGCUGAUCCUCAACACGGGGGCCCCUCAGGGGUGCGUGCUUAGUCCCCUCCUGUACUCCCUGUUCACCCACGACUGCGUGGCCAAGCAGGAGUCCAACACCAUCAUUAAGUUUGCUGAUGACACAACAGUGGUAGGCCUGAACACCAACAACGAUGAGACAGCCUAUAGGGAGGAGGUCAGAGACCUGGCAGUGUAGUGCCAGGACUACAACCUCUCCCUCAACGUGAGCAAGACAAAGGAGAUGAUCGUGGACUACAGGAAAAGGAGGGCCGAACACGCCCCCAUUCACAUCAAUGUGGCUGUAGUGGAGCGGGUCGAGAGUUUCAAGUUCCUUGGUGUCCACAUCACCAACAAACUAUCACGGUCCAAACACACCAAGAAAGUCGUGAAGAGGGCACAACAACGCCUUUUCCCCCUCAGGAGACUGAAAAGAUUUGGCAUGGGUCCCCAGAUCCUCACAAAGUUCUACAGCUGCACCAUCGAGAGCAUCCUGACCUGUUGCAUCACUGCCUGGUAUGGCAACUGCUUGGUAUCCGACCGUAAGGCGCUACAGAGGGUAGUGUGUACAGCCCAGUACAUCACUGGGGCCAAGCUUCCUGCCAUCCAGGACCUAUAUACUAGGCGGUGUCAGAGGAAGGCCCAAAUAAUUGUCAAAGACUUCAGUCACCCAAGUCAUAGACUGUUCUCUCUGCUGCCGCAUGGCAAGCGGUACCGAAGCGCCAAGUCUAGGUCCAAAAGGCUCCUUAACAGCUUCUACCCCCAAGCCAUAAGACUGCUGAACAAUUAAUCAAAAUGGCCACCCGGAUAAUUUGCAUUGACCCCCCCCUUUUUUUACACUGCUCCUACUCGCUGUUUAUUAUCUAUGCAUAGUUAGUUUACCCCUACAGUGAGGGGAAAAAAGUAUUUGUUGUUGUUCUUGGGGUCAUAGGCAGCAUUCCUCCUCCUCCAAACACGGCGAGUUGAGUUGAUGCCAAAGAGCUCCAUUUUGGUCUCAUCUGACCACAACACUUUCACCCAGUUCUACUCUGAAUCAUUCAGAUGUUCAUUGGCAAACUUCAGACGGGCCUCUAUAUGUGCUUUCUUGAGCAGGGGGACCUUGCGGGCGCUGCAGGAUUUCAAUCCUUCACGGCGUAGUGUGUUACCAAUUGUUUUCUUGGUGACUAUGGUCCCAGCUGCCUUGAGAUCAUUGACAAGAUCCUCCCGUGUAGUUCUGGGCUGAUUCCUCACCGUUCUCAUGAUCAUUGCAACUCCACGAGGUGAGAUCUUGCAUGGAGCCCCAGACCGAGGGAGAUUGACUGUUAUUUUGUGUUUCUUCCAUUUGCGAAUAAUCGCACCAACUGUUGUCACCUUCUCACAUUCCAGCCUUGUGUAGGUCUACAAUCUUGUCCCUGACAUCCUUGGAGAGCUCUUUGGUCUUGGCCAUGGUGGAGAGUUUGGAAUCAGAUUGAUUGAUUGCUUCUGUGGACAGGUGUCUUUUAUACAGGUAACAAACUGAGAUUAGGAGCACUCCCUUUAAGAGUGUGCUCCUAAUCUCAGCUCGUUACCUGUAUAAAAGACACCUGGGAGCCAGAAAUCUUUCUGAUUGAGAGGGAGUCAAAUACUUAUUUCCCUCAUUAAAAUGUAAAUCAGUUUAUAACAUUUUUGACAUGCGUUUUUCUGGAUUUUUGUUAUUGUUAUUCUGUCUCUCACUGUUCAAAUAAACCUACCAUUAAAAUUAUAGACUGAUCAUUUCUUUGUCAGUGGGCAAAUGUACAAAAUCAGUAGGGGAUCAAAUACUUUUUUCCUCACUGUACCUACAUGUACAAAUUACCUCGACUAACCUGUACCCCCGCACAUUGACUCGGUACCGGUACCCCCUGUAUAUAGCUUCAUUAUUGUUAUUUUAUAGUGUUACUUUUUAUUUUUAUAUUUUUACCUUAGUUUAUUUAAUAAAUAUUUUCUCAACUCUGUUUCCUUAAAACUGCAUUGUUGGUUAAGGGCUUGUAAGUAAACAUUUCACGGUAAGGUCUACACCUGUUGUAUUCGGCGCAUGUGACAAAUACAAUUUGAUUUGAUUUGAUUAUGAGGGGGUCUCUGAUGAAUUAGCUAUCACAAAAGGGGUCCCCCGCAUACACACACACAAACACACGCACACACACACACACAUAUACACUCAAACACACACAAUAGUGGAGCUUCUAUGUCAGUAGUUUGCCACUGGGGGCGACAGAGGCUUUGUCUAUGGGUUGCCAUAGAGACAGGAUUGUACAGCAGGGCAUAAAGAAGUCCAAAGGGAUUAGCUGCUGAAGUUUCUAACUAAAGAUCAGAAACUCCCUGGAGACACCAGAGAUAAUGGCCUUGGAUCUGGAGGACUAUUUCCGGACUGUCUUUGAGGAACACCUCUUAAUGUGAGUUUGUUUGUAUGUGUUUGUGUUAGUAUGCUCUCCGCUGGUGGGACUGUGUGAAGGAACACAGAUUUAUGUCCACUGAAAGUUCUGUGUGUGUGCAUUUCUGCAUGCGUACGUUCGUGCUUAUGUGUGUAGGAAAGUGCCUGUGCGGGACAGAGGUCUGAUGAGCAGAGCCACACGGAUGAUUGAGAAACAGAGAGAGAUCAGAGAGGUGGAUAAACAGCUCCAGACACACAGAGAGGUAGGAGCUACGUUCUUAUUCAUAGUAGUCAUAAGCACAAAAACCUGUGACAAAAAUGUGACUAUCGUAGUUAACAUACUGUAUGUACCUGGCAUAUUAUGUGUGUGUGUGUAUGUUUCACAGGAGUUUGAGUUGAAGACGGACAGUUUGCGAAGGCGGAGAGAUGAGGUGAUGAAGAAGGAGGAGAAACUGAAGGAGUCGCUGCUCAAAUUUGACAAAUUCCUCAAAGUUGGUGGCUAACACACACACAUGCACACACACUCACUGACACACACAGACACUGGAAAAACAUCAUAGUCAAAUGUGCCAUCUUGCAGGAAAACGACGCAAAGCGUGGUCGGGGUGAGAAGAAGGCAGAGAGAGAGAGGGAUGCUGUACGUCAGAAGGAGGGAGAGAUAGAGAAACUGAAGGAGGAGUGUGCUGUCCUGGAGGCCUGCAGAUUGAGGCUGCAGCGCAGGGUGGGGAAGACUGCCUUCUACUGGACCUUCCUGGAACAGGUCCUCAGACUGGCCAAGGUACCCAAGCCUGGCAUUCACUAAAAACACUACUGAGCUAAACUGAGCCCCCCCCCCAAAUUAUCAUGAAUCCAUAUCAUGAAUCCAACCAGAGCCCCCCCCCCAAAUGAAUAACGUGUACAUGUGCGUGUGUGUAUGUAGUAUGAGGAUGUGUGGGAGCUACUAGGGAGGUUUGCCACCCUGCUAUCCACCAGAGAGCAGCUGCGGCAGAGGGAGAGUGAGGUGCAGGAUCAGGCUGAUGGCCAACGGGGGGCGCUACAGAGAUACACAGACCAGCAGAGCUGCAGCAUUCUGCAGAAGAACAACCUGCUGUCUCAGCUACAGACAGAGCUGGAUCAGAUACGCUCCAAAACUCUCGGAUGGGUACCAGACCUGAUCACGCAUUCACAGGAUCGUCACUAGAGGGUCGUCACUAGUUACCACAGCCACAAAGUCAUGAUUAUGGCUAAACCUAUUUCUACAAUGUAUCUUCUUAAUAUCUGAUUUUAAACCUAACCCUAACCUUAACCGUAACCCUAACUUUAACCACACUGCUAUCCUUAUACCUAUCCCUAACCUUAAAUGAAGACCAAAAAGUAACUUUUUGUUGUCAUUAAAGGUUACGAUAUUUUGACUUUGUGGCUGUGGUAACUAGUGACAAUCCCUUUAGAGGGGUCCCAGAUUUACAAUAGAUUAUAGUCCGUGUCUCUCUAUCCAGAAUAUAAACAAUGUUUUUUGUUCAGGAGAACAAGUGGAAUCACAUCCAAACCACAGCGGCGAAGGAGACGCUUCUAUUGGGCCAAAUCAAAGUGGUGACCCUUAACCUCUACCACAUGAUGGGCGGGACCACAGGGCAGGAAAAGGGCGUGGCCAUCGAUGACACAGAGACACAGCUAGAGAAGGUUAGUGAUGUUAUUAUGUCAUAAAUUGAGGUUUGUGAUGUCACAGAUGGACUAGGUUUGUGAUGUCACCACUGGAAAAGGUCAGUGAUGUCACAGCUGGAGAAGGUUUGUGAUGUCACAGCUGGAGAAGGUCAGUGAUAUCACUGUGAUGUUACAGAUGGAGGUUUGUGAUGUCACAGAGAGUGAAGGUUAGUGAUAGAAAUAGAAUGAAUAGAACGGACUUUGAACCUCUAACCCUGACACACAUCAACCCACAUCAACUCCAUCAUCCCAGACACCCUAGACCCUCUCCAAUUUGCAUACCACAACUCUAACACCAUCAUCAUGUUUUCUGACGACACGACGGUGGUAGGCCUGAUCACCGGCGACGAUGAGACAGCCUAUAGGGAGGAGGUCAGUGACCUGUCAGUGUGGUGCCAGGACAACAACCUCUCCCUCAACGUCAGUAAGACCAAGGAGCUGAUCGUGGGCUACAGGAAACGGGGCUGCAGUGGAGCGGGUCGAGAGCUUCAAGUUCCUUGGUGUCCAAAUUACUAAGGACUUACAAUGGUCGACACACACGCAAACAGUCAUGAAGAAGGCACAACAGCACUUCUUCCACCUCAGGAGGUUGAAAAGAUUUGGCAUGGGUCCUCAAAUCCUCAAAAGGUUCUACAGCUGCACCAUUGAGAGCAUCUUGACCGGCUGCAUCACCGCUUGGUAUGACAACUGCACCGCCUUUGAUCGCAUGGCACUACAGAGGGUGAUGCAGACAGCCCAGUACAUCACUGGGGCCGAGCUCCCUGCCAUCCAGGACCUCUAUAUCAGGCGGUGUGAAAGGAUGGCCCAGAUAAUUGUUGAAAGACUCCAGCCACCCAAGCCAUAGACCCAAGCCAUUGUUCUAUCUGCUUCCGCACGGCAAGUGGUACCGGAGCAACAAGUCUGACAACAACAGGCUCCUGAACAGCUUCUAACGGAGCGAAUGGAAUGGCAUCAAACACAUGGAAACCAUGUGGUAUUGGAACUGCCAAUACCAAGUGCCAAUAUACAGGGAACUAACCCUGAAUAUAGCUUACUUACUUUCUCGUGUUCUUCUUAUUUCUAUUUUGCGUGUGUUUUUGUUCUACUUGACUUUUUUUUUUUUUUUUUACUGAUAUUGUUUACUGCAUUGUUGGGAAAGAGCAAGAAAGGCAUUUCACUGUACUAGUGCAAGUGACAACUUAAAACUCCAUUUGACUGGUAAACUCAUGGGUACACUCGAAAUGGCUGUCUGGUAUUGUGAUGCAAUAGUAAUGUAGAAUGUUCAUUCAAAUUAUGCUUACUGAUGUGGCUCAUGCAAUGGAAUGUACACUCAGUGGCCAAUUUAUUAGGCACACAUUUACGUCAUUUAGCAGACGCUCUUAUCCAGAGCGACUUACAAAUUGGUGCAUUCACCCUAUAACCAGUGGGAUAACCACUUUACAAUUUUUUUAUUUUUUUAUUUUUAUUUUUUAAGAGGGGGGGGGGGGGGGUAGAAGGAUUACUUUAUCCUAUCCCAGGUAUUCCUUAAAGAGGUGGGGUUUCAAAUGUCUCCGGAAGGUGGUGAGUGACUCCGCUGUCCUGGCGUCGUGAGGGAGCUUGUUCCACCAUUGGGGUGCCAGAGCAGCGAACAGUUUUGACUGGGCUGAGCGGGAACUAUGCUUCCGCAGAGGAAGGGGAGCCAGCAGGCCAGAGGUGGAUGAACGCAAUGCCCUCGUUUGGGUGUAGGGACUGAUCAGAGCCUGAAGGUACGGAGGUGCCGUUCCCCUCACAGCUCCAUAGGCAAGCACCAUGGUCUUGUAACAGAUGCGAGCUUCAACUGGAAGCCAGUGGAGUGUGCGGAGGAGCGGAGUGACGUGAGAGAACUUGGGAUGGUUGAACACCAGACGGGCUGCGGCAUUCUGGAUGAGUUGUAGGGGUUUAAUGGCACAGGCAGGGAGCCCAGCCAACAGCGAGUUGCAGUAAUCCAGACGGGAGAUGACAAGUGCCUGUAUUAGGACCUGUGCCGCUUCCUGUGUAAGGCAGGGUCGCACUCUCCGAAUGUUGUAGAGCAUGAACCUGCAGGAUCGGGUCACCGCCUUGAUGUUAGCGGAGAACGACAGGGUAUUGUCCAGGGUCACGCCAAGGCUCUUCGCACUCUGGGAGGAGGACACAAUGGAGUUGUCAACCGUGAUGGCGAGAUCAUGGAACGGGCAGUCCUUCCCCGGGAGGAAGAGCAGCUCCGUCUUGCCAAGGUUCAGCUUGAGGUGGUGAUCCGUCAUCCAUACUGAUAUGUCUGCCAGACAUGCAGAGAUGCGAUUCGCAACCUGGUUAUCAGAAGGGGGAAAGGUGAAGAUUAGUUGUGUAUCGUCAGCGUAGCAAUGAUAGGAGAGGCCAUGUGAGGAUAUGACAGAGCCAAGUGACUUGGUGUAUAGCGAGAAUAGGAGAGGGCCUAGAACUGAGCCCUGGGGGACACCAGUGGUGAGAGCACGUGGUGCGGAGACAGCUUCUCGCCACGCCACUUGGUAGGAGCGACCAGUCAGGUAGGACGCAAUCCAAGAGUGAGCCGCGCCGGAGAUGCCCAGCUCGGAGAGGGUGGAGAGGAGGAUCUGAUGGUUCACAGUAUCAAAGGCAGCAGACAGGUCUAGAAGGACAAGAGCAGAGGAGAGAGAGUUAGCUUUAGCAGUGCGGAGAGCCUCCGUGACACAGAGAAGAGCAGUCUCAGUUGAAUGACCAGUCCUGAAACCUGACUGGUUAGGAUCAAGAAGGUCAUUCUGAGAGAGAUAGCAAGAGAGUUGGCUAAAGACGGCACGCUCAAUAGUUUUGGAAAGAAAAGAAAGAAGGGAUACUGGUCUGUAGUUGUUGACAUCAGAGGGAUCGAGUGUUGGUUUUUUGAGAAGGGGUGCAACUCUCGCUCUCUUGAAGACGGAAGGGACAUAGCCAGCGGUCAAGGAUGAGUUGAUCAGCGAGGUGAGGUAGGGGAGAAGGUCACCGGAGAUGGUCUGGAGAAGAGAGGAGGGGAUGGGGUCAAGCGGGCAGGUUGUUGGGCGGCCUGCAGUCACAAGUCGCAAGAUUGUAUCUGGAGAGAGAGGGGAGAAAGAAGUCAAAGCAUAGGGUAGGGCAGUGUGAGCAGGACCAGACAUUAGUCAUUAGACCUUCUUUUCAAAGUGGUUGACGAAGUCAUCCACAGAGAGGGAGGGGGGGGGGGGAGGAGGAUUCAGCAGGGAGGAGAAUGUGGCAAAGAGCUUCCUAGGGUUAGAGGCAGAUGCUUGGAAUUUAGAGUGGUAGAAAGUGGCCUUAGCAGCAGAAACAGAUGAAGAAAAUGUAGAGAGGAGGGAGUGAAAAGAUGCCAGGUCCGCAGGGAGUCUAGUUUUCUUCCAUUUCCGCUCAGCUGCCCGGAGCUCUGUUCUGUGAGCUCGCAAUGAGUCAUCAAGCCACGGAGCUGGAGGGGAGGACUGAGCCGGCCGGGAGGAUAGGGGACACAGAGAGUCAAAGGAUGCAGAAAGGGAGGAGAGGAGGGUUGAGGAGGCAGAAUCAGGAGAUUGGAGGGAGAAGGAUUGAGCAGAGGGAAGAGAUGAUAGGAUGGAAGAGGAGAGAGUAGUGGGAGAGAGAGAGCGAAGGUUGCGGCGGCGCAUUACCAUCUGUGUAGGGGCAGAGUGAGUAGUGUAGGAGGAGAGCGAGAGAGAAAAGGAUACAAAGUAGUGGUCGGAGACAUGGACUUAGUAUUACUUUCUUAGCUACAGUAUACAUAUCUCCCUGGCAUAUUACAUCAUUUAUGCAGCAGCAUACAAUACAUUUUUGGACUCACCUUGUUGUGCUGUGCUCACUUGAACAGGAAGGUGGCGCUGCGGUCCUUCGUGGGCAAAUUUUGUCAUCAAACUUUGUCAUCUAAGUCUGGCAUUCUCUGGAUUUCUGGUUCUUUCAAGACAACUGGGAACUCUGAAAAAAACAAGGUUGAAUCAUGAUGAGGUCAGUGAUCUUCAGGUCGUAGCUCUAGAAAGAGGCCUGAGUUCCCGACUUACAAUUCCGAGUUGGAUGAUCGUUCAAAACUUAUUUUCCAAGACGGAGCUCGUUUUUUCCCGAGUUCCCAGUUGUCUUGAACUCACUGAAGUCAGAUUUCCCAGUUCUGAGUUAACAAUUGUUUUGAGAGAGUCAGAAAUCGUGCUGGAUUGACAGCAUGGCCAAUGUUGAAUGUUUAUAAUUUUAAGCUUGGAAAAGAGACCCUUAAACCCAGAAUUGGGACCACACACCCACUCCACUGAAUAGAAGGCUAGUGAUUGCUUUACAAUGCUUGCAGUUAGCCACUGAUUCCUUCCAAAUCACUCAUUUUAUCUGUGACAAAUGACCUUGAGCCUUCUUGGAUGGGCACUUCUAAUGUAACUCUAUGGCAGCACCCAAGGGGCUUGAAUUUUCAAGCUCUACCCUUAGAUUUGGAAGUGAUGUAGUGUCCCCAUAAGUGACAGAACACUGAGCUAAUCACAGCGCAACUAGAGAACAUUACCAACCCUUACGCUCCGUAAUUUCCGCUGGCUGCCCCACCACCACAGAAAGAGCUAGGCUGAAACACAUGCAUUUUGGAGCUGCCUUAAAAAAAAAAGAGACCAUGUUUGUGUGGAGGCUUUAUUAACUAAAUUAUUUUUAAAAAUUCAUUACAUUGUUUGCAAACUGAUAUGUGACACAUAUUAAUGCCAAAAUAACAUGCAAAACAGGCAGACCCCAAAACAAAAAAAACAAAAAAAUAUAUAUACUUUUUGUUUUUAGCUAAAAAUGUAGGUCUCAAAACCUGCCCUGAAUGACGGGUCGCCACUGUGUGUUCCAAGAUGCCGUUCUGCACACCACUGUUGUACUGCGCCGUUAUUUGUGUGUUUGUGACCCAUCUGUUAGCUUGCACGAUUCUUGCCAUUCUACUUCGACCUCUCAUCAACGGCUGUUUUCGCCCACAGGACUGCCGCUGACUGGAUGUUUUUUGUUUGUCGCACCAUUAUCGGUAAACCCUACACACUGUGGUGCGUGAGAAGCCCACGAGGCCAGACAUUUCUGAGAUACGGGAACUGACGCGACUAGCACGACGAUCAUACCACGCUCAAAGUCGCUUAGGUGACUCAUUUUGCCCAUUCUAACGUUCAAUCAAACAGUAACUGAAUGCCUCGAUGCCUGUCUGCCUGCUUUAUAUAGCAAGUCACGGCCACGUGAUUCACUGUCUGUAGGAGCUAACCAUUUUCGUGAAUGGGUGGUGUACCUAAUAAUCUGAUUUCGUAAUGUCAGUUGAGUUGAUUCAACAAAUCACAGCAAAGAUUGAAGGGUACACUUCUUGCUUUUACUUCCUGCUUUGCUCCUAUGGGUAUACUCACAAUGGCCUCCAGUCCACCCAUUAUGCCAUCAUUCACUUGAAAGGGAUGCCCGUUCUAUUCAUUCUAUUUCUAUGAAUGACACAGCUGAAGGUCAGUUACGUCACAUUUAUGUCACAGAUAGAGGAGGUUAGUGAUGUCACAGUUAGAGAAGGAUACUGAUGUCACAGUGAUGUAGAGUAGGGGACAAAUUAUUUUGGUAACAGUAAAAUGUAUUUUCCUCUCCAGAUCCAGCUCUUCAUCCAAGACCAGUCUGCCAUAGUGAACAACCUCAAACAAAGCCCUUCUCAUCCCACUACUAAAGCCAACUUGAAGUGAACAGGUGGAGGAUUAUCAAGUGAACAGACAGAGGAUCUUGCAAGUCUUAUUCUUGGACAUUGCAAUCCAUCUUGUGUUGUUUUCACACAGAUGGUAAUGUUAUGGUCAGCACUCUGUGCAGCAGUGGUGGAAAAAGUGCUCA